GUAAAAAUUUGCUACAGAUAAGACCUGCAACGGUUAAUGAUUAAACAUAUUUUGGCGAAAGUUUCACUGAGGUUAGGAAAAUAAUGUCGAACUCGUCGACUGUGUCGCGCUGAAAUAAGCAAAUUUCGGUAAAACAGAUUCAGAAAUUUGAUUCUUCAGACUACUGCAGGAAUUACAGCGGUUCAAUAUACAAAUUUAAGAAAAAUAUAAGGUUUUUCAAAUGUAAAGGAGAAAGUUACUUAUCGUCACAAAUGGCAGCCAACCGUUUAAAAGGUUUCGGAUACGAAAAAACAACAUUAGUACAAGUAGAAACACAAAACAAAGGAAACCAGCAGGAUAAAAGGCCAGGGUGGCCACUAUUUUUCAAAUUUACGUCUCCCAGCUCUCCCGGUGACGUUCAGCAAGCAGAGAGCCAAAUAAAUUCGCGACAUUUAAAGUUUAUGAUAAACUCUUUAAGUUUAUAACUGAGUCACCGGUGAAUUUUUGAAGUUGGAACUUCGAAAAUCCACUUUUCGAGAAAAAAAUAUUAAAAGUAGACAUAAGUAUAAUUUCACGAAAUAGAUCAUAGAUUCAAGUGUGAUUUUUCAUGGAAACCCUAAAAGUGACACAAGUGGAACCUUCCUGGCUGAACGUCAUAUAUGAGGAAUAUUUCAACGAUGAUUUAAAAAAUGAAAUGCUGAUUUUGUACCAGUUCUGAUUAGAAUUUUUAAGUAAUGUAUUAAUAUCCAUAAACUUAGCUUAUAUCUCUUUAAAUUGAUAAAAAAAAAAAAAUAAAAAAAUAAAAUCAGUUAUAAAGUACAAAAUGCUUCGAGAUCGAAGUCAGAUGAAAAAUCCGAGAGAGAACGCCAGCAUUAUUUCCAUAGUUACUUUUUCAUGGCUCUACCAAAUAAUUCGUCAAGGAUUUAUCAGAAAACUCGAAGCAUCGGAUAUUUAUUCUGUCCUUCCUGAACUGUCCAGUAAAGUGAUAGGGCAUCAAGUUUUCCCAUUAUGGGAAAAAGAAAACGUAAAUGUAAAGAAAAAAUAUGAAAGAAGCCAACAUAGCUUGAUAAAGGUCCUUGCACAGUCCUUCAGAAAAGACUUUUUGAUAAACGGAUCAGUCCUCAUCUUUACUAGACUUACUUUAAGAAUAAGUGAAUCUCUUCUUUUAAUGAAGGUCUUAGGAUUCUUUAAUAACACGCAAGCAACGAGUAAUUCUGAAGUAUGCUACUGGGCUUUGGGACUGAUACUUAUUAAAUAUACUUACUUGCUGUCGGCACACUUACUUUAUAGACGUUUUGCAGACUCUAGUUUGAAGGUUAAAUCAGCAUGCUGCUUACUCAUUUAUAAAAAAAUUUUAAGAUUAUCUCUCUCAAUGAAAAAUGAAACAUCUGUUGGUCAGGUUAUCAAUAUGUUAUCCCAAGAUGUCAAAAUAAUGGAGAAAUUGUCUUACUAUUGUUACUAUCUUAUUUUUGCUCCAGUUGAGAUGUUUUUUUUUGCAAUUUUGAUUUAUUGUCAAAUGGGGUUGGUUCCUUUUUUUGGCCUUCUUAUUAUUUUGGUAACAAUACCUUUGCAAGGAUAUGUUGGGAAAUGGUUAAGUCGCAGAAUUCAAAGAUGUGCAGCUUUGACGGACAAAAGGCUUUCAUUUAUGAUUGCAUUUAUUAAUGGUAUACAAGUAAUUAAAAUGUAUACAUGGGAAAAAUCAUUUUUUUAUCUUGUGGAAAAAACCAGGGCAAAGGAGAUAAAAGUGAUUAAAACGAUGUCUAUAGUUCAGUCGAUCAUCAAAAGUUUUAAAGUAUAUGUUCCACAAGUCUGUCUUUUCACUACUGUUGUCUGUUGCACUAAAUUUGGAACUUCAUUUACUGCCGAAAAAGUGUAUAUGUUAGCAUUAAUCUACGCAGAACUUCGGCUAUCGUUUUACUCUAUGUUUAUUAGAGGAAUGGAAUUUUGGGCGAAAGGAGUAAUCUCAGCACGAAGAAUAGAAACAUUUAUGAACUGCGAGGAGAAGGAACCUCAUCCGUAUAAUUUUAGUGAUCAAUGCAACAAAAAUUCCAUCCCAAUUAGACUUUCACAUGUUUAUGCAAAAUGGUCUUCUGCGUCCAAAGAAUGUACAAUAAAGAAUAUGACAUUAAGUCUGUAUGCUCGUACAUUGAUGGUUAUCAUUGGUCGAGUGGGUUCUGGCAAAUCUAGCUUACUUCAAAUUAUUCUUGGUGAACUUCCUAUUUUAAAAGGAGACAUUCAAGUUGUUGGAAGAAUAUCAUAUGCUAGUCAAGAACCUUGGGUUUUUGCAUCUACUAUAAAACAGAAUAUAAUAUUUGGUGAAGCAAUGGAUAAAGAGAGAUACGAGAAAGUAAUCCAAAUUUGCCAGCUCGAACAAGAUAUUGCAACAUUUCCAUUUAAAGACGGAACCUUAAUUGGAGAAAAAGGAAUAAAAUUGAGUGAAGGCCAAAGGGCAAGAAUAAAUUUUGCAAGAGCUGUCUAUUCAGAAGCAGAUGUUUAUAUUUUUGAUGAUCCUUUUUCGGCUGUAGACGCCGAAGUUGGUAAAAGAAUCUUCGAUGACUGUAUCUGUGAAUUUUUAAAAGAUAAAACCAGAAUUCUAGUAACACAUCAGCUCCAGUUUUUAAAAAGUGUAGAUGGAAUACUGUUAUUAAAAAAUGGUUCCUUACAAGCCGAAGGUACUUUAGAGGAAGUAUUAAAAUCUGAUAUCGAUUUGUCGAAAGUACUUAAUGAGGAAAAGCAAGAAAAUACCGAAGAUGUAUAUGAUGAGAUUAAUGAGGAAUCUGCUUUGAUGAAAACUGAAGCCGAGGUACAACAAGAAGUCUCAGAGAUGAGAACAGUUGGCAAAUAUUCUAAAAGUGUCUUCUGGUUCUAUUUGAAAGAAGUGAGAAGUCCUUUCCUUUUGAUUUUAACGGUGCUGUUGGGCCUGGUGUAUCAAACCUUUCUGACUGGUGGUGACUUAUUAUUAUCGCGUUGGAUAACCGCAGAAAAAAAAAUUUUAACGAAAACAACUGUGAAUCAAACAUUAACAAUUUCUGAAGAAUUGAGGUUGCAAAGGGAAUGGUAUAUUCAUACGUGUAGCAUAUUGUAUAUUUCUGUUGUUAUUGUAUUGUUUCUCUAUACUGUUGCAUUUUACGAAAUAGUUAUAAGAUCAGCACAAAGGCUACACCAAUCGAUGUUUCAUAGUGUGAUUCAUGCGACGAUGUUGUUCUUCCAUGAAAACCCCUCCGGACGAAUUUUAAACAGAUUCUCUAAGGAUAUCGGUACUGUAGACAUAGAAUUGCCAGAUUGUCUGUCAGAUACCAUCAGGAUUGGCUUGGGUUUGUUGGCAGUAACUGCUAUAACAUUAGUUUUCCGUCCUUUGAGUCUGAUUUUCGCAGUUAUUUUGGGAACAUUCUUAUAUUUUCUGUGCAGCAUCUACAUGAAAACUGUUCAUAGCCUGAAGCACUUGGAAUCGACAACAACCUCACCAGUCCUUAGCCAUGUGAAUGCGACUCUUGAUGGUCUGAUUAGCAUUCGAGCCCUAAAAGCUGAAAACGUUUUAGUAAAAGAAUUUAGUGAUCAUCAAGACCUUAGUACUUCAGCACAGUUUCUUUAUUUAGCCACUACCGAAGCCUUUGGAUAUUACUUAGAAAUAUUGACUUUGCUCUUCGUUACGAGUGUCAUUUACCUACUUAUAUUUUCUAGUGAUGAAAUACUUAUUGGCGAUGCAGGUUUGAUUAUUUCUCAGUGGUUAUCAGCAUGCACCAUUAUACAACAUGGUAUCAAAAUUGCUACGGAAGUAGAUAAUCAUCUCACGUCUGUCGAAAGAAUUCUAGACUACAGAGACCUUGAGCAAGAAUCGAAUUUUGAAAUUAAACUUGAAAACAAACCUUUAAACAACUGGCCUUCAAAAGGUCAGUUAGAAUUCAAGAAUGUAUCUUUGAGUUAUCAUCCAGGAAGCACUAUUGUACUUAAAAACCUGAAUUUUAAGAUAUUGUCCAAGGAAAAAAUAGGUAUUGUUGGAAGAACGGGAGCAGGAAAAUCUUCUCUGAUUGUUGCUCUUUUUCGUUUGGCUUAUAUAAAAGGUGAAAUUUCUAUUGAUGAUGUGGAAACAAGUCGUCUAGAUUUAAAAAAGCUGCGUUCCAAUAUUAGUAUUAUUCCCCAGCAGCCCUUACUCUUUGCUGGAAGCCUCAGAAGGAAUCUGGAUCCUUUUGACGAAUACUCAGAUAAACAGCUGUGGCAAGCUUUAGAAAAUGUAGAGUUCAAACAGGUUUUAAAGGAUACGGAAGCAGGAUUAGAGAUAAAAGUAUCUGAUGGGGGAACUAACUUUAGUGUAGGUGAAAGACAACUUUUGUCACUAGCUAGAGCAAUUCUAAGAAAUAACAAGAUUUUGGUACUUGAUGAGGCGACUGCCAACGUGGAUCUGCAGACUGAUGAGUUGAUUCAAAAAACUAUCAGAAAAAGAUUUAAAAAGUGCACAGUUUUAAUCAUUGCUCAUAGAUUAAAUACUGUUAUGGAUUGUGAUAAAUUCAUUGUUAUGAACGAAGGAUCAAUUGUGGAAUUUGGCCAUCCUUACUCGCUUUUGCAAAAUAAAGAAGGGUACUUGUAUAGAAUGGUUCAACAAACUGGAUCUAAUAUGUCCACACUCCUUACAAAUGCGGCAAAAAAGAGUUUUCAAGAUAAGUCCACUGGAGAUAAUGAUUCAGACAAAAUCUCUGCCCACUGCGAGGUCAUGGCAGCCAUGCCUCCUAGUCCAGGAGGAAGUAAAGAGCCAUCGGACUUAAUAGGAAGAGACGACGAAGAAAGGAUUGACGGAGACUGGACCAACAUAGGAGAACAUCAGGAUCAGGUUCGAUUUCUCACUCUACUUCUAUCUCAAGUAAUAGCAUCCGGACGAGGACCUCGAAGAAAACCCACAAUAUGGAAGCAUCAGGCUCAAAAACUAAUGAGCCGCUCACAUAUGAGUUCUAGUAGCAAGAAAUGCCGUGAAACGCCGGCAACCUACGCUAACUAUGCUAGAGAUUACCCAGCCAACUAUAAAGGCUGUCCGGAAUUCAAAAAAGCAUCUAGAAAGCCCACUAAAAAUACUAAAACACACAAUUCUAAACCUGCUGAUAACGCUAAGGACACUGCCCCAACCAUACCUUCUGCACCCUUGAUUUUGCCAAGUAAUGUCUACCCCCAAGAACAUGCAAUCCCCCUACAUAUAAAUAAAAAUUUAAUACUUAGUAGAAACAUUGCUUCUAAAGUCGAAAUCGAUUGUGCUGUGGGCGAUCUCGUCGGUCUCAUUCAUUCAGUUAUGACCAAAUCAAUACCUCAUCAUAAAAAUAAAUUUAAACAACAAUAUUUGCCUGAUGUAGUUAAGAAAUUAAUCAAAUUGAGGCUUGAUUUCAGAAAAGUUCACCAAAGAACCAAGAGUAAAGAAAUCAAGAAAAUUAAAAAUAAACUGUCAAAUGCUAUUGAUAAGGAGAUUGUUCUUCAUGGAGUUGAUGGUUUAGCAUUUAGGAACGAAGAUAGGGUUGAGAAAUUAGCUGAAAAUUUUGAAAAAGUUCACCACCUGACUGAAAACAUGGGUGAUGAUGAGACUCGUAGGACCGUUUACAGAACCUUCAAUAGAAUUAAGGAAAAAACUGUUAAAGCCGAAGAUGUGAAAAAAGUUACGCCUUCUGAGAUCAAAACGCAGAAAGAAAUAAGUACAAUAAGAAAUUCCCUUUUCUUGGAUAACACUGUAUUGUCAGUACAUUGGUAUACCGCAAGAAUUAGCAUCUUUAUCACUAUCGUGAGUUAUGUUCUACUUGGAAACCAAAUUACAGUAGAAAAGGUUUUCAUGAUAACUGCAUUCCUCAAUGAUCUUAAAUUCUGUCUAAAUCUAUUAUUCACCUACAGUUUGCAACGUAUUGCUCGGUCAAGUGCCUGCAUUGAACGAAUUCGAACCUUCCUAAUCAGUGAAGAACUACAAAAUCAUAAUAUUGAAAACUAUGAAAAUGGAUGCAAUAUUCAUAUUCGUAGUGAAUCCGCAAUAUCCGAUCUCCAAUUAACAAAUAUAUCAGCAAAAUGGGAUCCAGACUCGAAUGAAAAGACUCUCAAGAACAUUAAUUUUUCAGCGAAUGCUGGAUCCCUAACAGCAAUAAUUGGCCAAGUUGGUUCAGGAAAAACAAGUCUUCUUCAUCUGAUCUUAGGAGAACUUCCUCUUGAAAGUGGUACAAUUAAAACUAAUGGAAAAAUAGUUUAUGUGAGCCAAGAACCAUGGAUUUUUGCAUCCAGCAUCAGACAAAAUAUACUCUUUGGUCAACCAUUGAACAAAAGUCGAUACGACAAAGUGAUUAAGGUUUGUCAACUGGAAAGGGAUUUUUCACUUUUUCCUCACAAAGAUCAGACAAUGAUUGGAGAAAAGGGUAUUAAUUUGAGUGGCGGUCAAAAAGCAAGAAUAAAUCUUGCUCGAGCUGUUUAUGCAGAAGCUGAUAUUUAUCUUCUUGAUGACCCACUCUCAGCUGUUGAUGCCCACGUGGGCAGAUACAUUUUCGAAGAAUGCAUUUGUAAAUAUUUAAAAGGAAAAACUCGAAUUUUAGUCACCCAUCAGCUUCAGUAUCUUCAAAAAGUGGACCAAACUUAUGUUUUCGACAGUGGUUCUGUUCUGAUGAGCGGAACAUUCGAAGAUUUGAAGAACUCGAACUUAGAAUUUUUGUCGUUCAUGCAAAGGGGUAAUUAUGAUGAAAAGAAGGAAGAUUUUAGGAAUGAAGUGUCGUCUUCAGAAUUUGAGACAAUAGAUAUAGUGUCUGAGCAAGAACAAAAAGGUGUGGUUGAACAUCGAACGAUGGGAAGCAUGUCGAAAAAAGUUUAUCUCUCUUAUUUUCAAGCAGCUGGAAGUGUUUGGAUCUUGAUUUUGGUCCUUAUUCUUUCUAUCUUGAUGCCGGCUGUCAUUAAUGCUGGAGAUUAUUUUUUAUCUUACUGGGUGACUUUGAUGGAAGGAAAUGAUAAUAAUUUAUUUAAAUAUAAGUUGGAAAGAGAAACAGAUGAUUUACAUUUAGGGUCUGAUGAUUAUUGGUACAUUUAUAUCUACGCUGGAUUAGUAGUCGCAACAGUUGUUGUGAUUUUUUUGAAACAUUUUACAUUCCUUUUAAUGUGCAUGAGGUCAUCGAAACAAAUUCAUGCUUCUGUCUUUCAAAGUAUCAUUCGAACUACGAUGGCUUUUUUCCAUGAUAAUCCAUCCGGAAGGAUUAUGAAUAGGUUCUCUAAAGACAUGGGAUUGAUGGACAGAUUUUUGCCUCAAUCAAUGAACGAUGUAUCAUCAAUGCUGGGCUUCGUUUUUGGAGUGAUGAUUUUGACUGUUGUUAUCAAUUAUUGGAUGCUGAUACCACUUUCGUUCGCACUGUCAGUUUUGUUUUUGUUUAGGACAAUUUAUUGGAGAACUAGUCGGAGUGUGAAACGUUUAGAAGGAAUUAUGAAAUCGCCAGUAUUCAAUCAUCUGAAUGCUACACUUGACGGUAUCACAACAAUUAGAGCUUUCAAAGCAGAAAAGCUUCUAAUCAAAGAGUUUGAUGACCAUCAAGAUUUGCACUCCUCAGCUUGGUACCUUUUCAUCGCCUGCAGUCGAACUUUUUCCUACUAUGUAGAAGUAACAUUUGGGAUUUAUCUUGCUCUUAUUAUAGUUUCUUUCCUAGUAUUCAACGAUAUCACUUCAGCUGGAAACAUCGCCCUCAUUAUCGCCCAAACAAUGUCAAUUUCAGUUUUACUGCAAUGGGGAAUGAAUCAAUCUGUAGAAUUAGAAAACCACAUGACAGCAGUCGAAAGAAUCUUAGAAUACACACAAAUUCCAGAAGAGCCGCCACUCGACAGCAAACCUGAAAAUAAACCACCAAAAAACUGGCCCACAGAAGGAAAAGUUGAAUUCCGAAAUGUAUGCUUAAAAUAUAGGCCAGAAGGUUCUUCAGUCUUGAAGAACUUAAAUUUCAUUAUAGAACCCAAGGAAAAAGUAGGGAUCGUUGGAAGAACAGGUGCCGGGAAAUCUUCAAUGAUAGUAGCUCUUUUCCGGUUGGCAUAUUUGGAAGGUGAAAUUUAUAUUGAUGGGGUUGCAACCAGUAGUUUAGGUUUGCAUGAUUUGAGGUCAAAAAUCAGUAUUAUUCCUCAGGAGCCUCUUCUUUUUGCUGGAACUUUAAGAAGAAAUCUGGACCCAUUUGACGAAUAUUCUGAUAGUGAUCUUUGGCAAGCACUGAUAGAAGUUGAAUUAAAGGCUGUUAUUGAUAAAACGUUGGCUGGCUUGUACACUAUAGUCACUGAUGGUGGGACUAAUUUUAGUGUUGGACAAAGACAGCUUCUUUGUCUAGCAAGAGCUGUCAUUAGAAAAAGUAGGAUUCUAGUUCUUGAUGAAGCAACUGCUAAUGUUGAUCCUCAAACUGAUAGUUUGAUUCAAAAAACGAUUAGAAGAAGAUUUGCAGAUUGCACCAUUUUUAUAAUUGCACACAGAUUAAAUACUGUGAUGGACUGUGGUCGAUUUAUUGUAAUGGACGCUGGCAGCAUAGUGGAGUUUGACCAUCCGCAUAUCUUACUGCAAAAAGAGAAAGGUUACUUACAACAAAUGGUUCGACAAACGGGGCCUAAAAUGGCAGAAAUUCUCAAAAGAAUAGCAGAAACGAGUUACCGAAAGAGCUGGCAGAGCACCAAAUUAUAAAGAAUACAUUUAUAAUUUCAAGAAUUAAGAUAGUAUUUUUAAAAAAAUAGCAAUUUUUACUAAACUGACUAUGUAAGUUUGUCUUUCUGAGAAUUGACGCCACGCCACAUGUAGGUAUAGCAGGUGUUGCGCGGGGUACGCGGGAUCUGCGGCUCUCACUCAAGCGAGCAGCCAAGCGUGAACUAACAAAAGCGGAGCAGGCUAUAAUGAGUUAGUUGCCACCCACCGUCAGCCCCGAAAUCGGUGCUAUAGAAGAGUUUCACUGUAUUUUGAAAUGUUCUUUACCUUUAUUAUCCGAAUAAUAUUUUUAAUUAUUCUGAAAUUUUCUGGAACGUUCUUAGACUUUAAUCAAGCUUUUUAAAUUAGAAAUGUCGCUCUUAGUUCUCUAAAAUAUUUCGGACAUUUGUAAAAUAUUCUAGAUUAUUCUUAAAUGAUCUUGAAUAUUAUUCUAUUUCUGAAAUUACAUGGAAUUUUGUAACAUACUAUGAAAUUUUUUGGAUUGUUCCACAAUAGAAUGUUUUACAAUAUGAUUUCGUUAAUGUAUACUACCUUGAUUAUCUAAAGACUUGUUUAACUAAUGACAUCACAAACGUCCUUGCAUUCGCCUUAUCUUUAAAGUUGUAAAUAACACGUUUUAUAUUACUUAACUCAUUCCAUACAUUUAUAAAGCGCAAUGCAUAUUUUUACAUUUGUGAAAAUGUAAUAAAAAUUUGUUUUUAUAAGCUAAAAUAUCAGAAUUUCAAUUGCCACAUUCUCCUUUUUACCCUCUGGCUAUACUAGUAUUGAAUGCCGUGUAAAAUAGUACGGAGGAAAAAUGCUGCAAUAAGUCGAAUCUUGAGCUGAGGAAAAUAAUUUGAAGGUUGACAUCUGAAAAAGUGAUAACAUCGAAAUGGCUUCAAGAGGAAAGAAGUUUUCCCUAAUCUGGUAGCUGCAAGCAAAAGGAAAAAUGCAAACCAGCGCUGAAAUUUUAAAGAAAGUUAUAAAGAAUCCAGAUCCAAACUCCCCCAAAAAAGGUAUCAAACUCACGAGAAGAAACGUCCAAAAGAAAAGAAAACAACAUAUUUCGCUCUCGAGAAAUCCUGCGACUGCAAGUGUAGGUCCCUGCAGAUUUCAAAUGGAUUCAGUGAGCGAUGAUUGUUAUUCGUACGUUAUUCUCCAAAAAAUCGACGUUGAUUACAGUUUACUUAUAACCACUAUUA